AUGGGGGGUCGAUCUGCAGCAGCAGCAGCAGCUGCUGCUGCUGCUGCUGCUGCUCAGCUGCCUGCUGAUGCUGCAGCAGGAGCGCUGACUGCUGCGUGGCCUCGUGUGGCAGCAGCAGCAGCAGCAGCAGCAGGCUCUGCAGCAGCUGGGCGCGGCUGCUGCUGCCUGCGGUACGGGUUUGCUGCUGCUGCCAACAGACAGCCUCAAGCCUUUCAUUCUGCUGCUGCUGCUGCUGCUGCUGCUGCUGCUGCCCUUCGUGCACGCCCUAUUUUGCACAGAAGCAAACAAGGGAGAGCCACAAGCGGGCUUGUGCUGCAGCAGCAGCAGCAGCAGCAGCAGCAGCAUUGCCAAUACCUGCAGCUGAGGCAGCAGCAGCAGCAGCAGGAUCAUUUAAACUUUGGCCUCUUGAGAACAUCCAGCAGUAGCAGCAACAACUCUAGCAGCAGCAGCUGCAGCAGAGCCAACCUCUGCAGCAGCAGCAGCAGCAGCAGCAGAGUCAACCCCAGCAGCAGCAGCAGCAGCAGCAGCAGUAGCAGCAGCAGCAGAGCCAGCCUGAACAGCAGCAGCAGCGGCAGCCUCAGCGGGAGCAGCAGCAGCAGCAGCAGCAGCAGCAGCAGCAGCAGACCGACUGCAGCAGCACUGGCUUUAAACUCUUUGCUGCUGAACAUACACGAAGUGGCAGAGGCGCCCCCAGGCCGUUUGAGUGCAGCAGCAAAAGCAGCAGCAGCGCAGCAGCAACUUGAUUAUAUCACACCUCUGCAGCAGCAGCAGCAGCAGCAGCAGCAGCAGCAGCAGCAAGCUUUGCGCAUUCCUGUUGCUGCUGCUGCUUUGCUGCAGGACUUUUGGGCCGCAAUCUGCAGACGCGCAGUUUCGCUGGAAAAGAAGCUGCGGCUUUCCGAUGCUGCUUUGCUGCUGUCUGCUGCUGCUGCUGCGCAGCGGCAGCUGCAGCAGCUGCAGCAGCCGCAGCAGCAGCAACUCAAGCAGCAGCUGCUGGCGCAGCACAGCCGCUUGGUUCAGGCAGCAACGACAGCGCUCUCACGGGGCCUCCUGCGGCAGCAGCAGCAAGCUGCUGCUGCCAAGCAGCGGCAGCAGCAGCAGCAGCAGCAGCAGCAGCAGCAAGCGCAACAACGUCUGACUGUGCAGCAGCAGCAGCACGAGCAAGAGCAGCAGCAGCAGCAGCACCAACAUGGGCUAACGGCCAGUCUCCUCACCUCCGCCUUGCAUGCAUUUGCUGCACUAAAGCUGCAGCAAGUGCUGCUGCUGCAGCAGCUUGCUGCUGCUGCAGUGUCUCUGCAGCUGCAGAACUUCAGCGGAUAUGACUUGGCGGCUUUCUGCUCAGCGCUGCUGGCAGCAGCGCAGCAGCAGCAGCUGCAGCAGCAGCAGCAGCAGCAGCUGUUUGCCCCUGUCGCCGCGCAGCUGGAGGCCCUGGUGCUGCAGCAGCUACCAGCUUCCAAUGCUGCAGCAGAGCGGAGGAACGCUGCUUUGCUGCAGCAGCUGCAGCGGCAGCUGCAGCAGCAGGAGCAGCAGCAGCAGCAGCAGCAGCAGCAAGCGCAGCAGCAGCUGACGGGCGUCGCUGCAGCGCAGCAAGCAGCACACCGCCUGCAGCAGCUGCUGCUGCAGAAGCCGCAGCAACUAGCUGCUGCCUGGCAGCAGCAGCAGCAUCGCCAGCAGCUAAAUUUGUGCAUUUUGCUGCGGCUUUGCGUAGAGCUGCAGAUACACCGCAGGCAGCAGCUGCUGCUGCCGCUGCUGCUGCAUGCAGCAGUGCUGCAGCUGGAAGCAGCGCGGCUGCAGCUGUGUCUGGCGGGGCUUGAGCCCCUGCAGCAGGAGCAGCAACCUGCUGCAGAAGGUGCUGCUGCUGCUGCUGCUAUUGCUGCUGCUCCAGCUGCUGCUGCUGCUGCUGCUGCUGCUGCUGCUGCUGGCCGACACUUCGCCUUUUCGCUAAAUCUCUCCAGCUGCCGCGACCUCGCCAGCCUUUGCUCGAGUCUGCUGCUGCUUGACCAGCAGCAGGUAGAAGCCACCAACUCCGGGCUGCAGCAGCAGCAGCAGCAGCAGCAGCUGCAGCAGCUGCAGCAGCUGCAGCAGCAAACGGUAGCUGCACCCUCGCUGAUUGUCUCGCUGCUGCUGCACCAAGUUGGUUGGCAGGGCCUUUGCGCUCCAGUCUGUCUUUCAGCUCUUCCCGGAGCUGUCCCAGCAGCAGCAGCAGCAGCAGCAGCAGCAGCAGCACCGGCAGCAGCAGCAGCAACGGAGGCCGCAACAUCACCGGCAGAAGCGGCUGUAGCAGCUGCCACGGCUGCUGCAGCAAAAGCAGCAGCACCUGUUAGUGGGCAGCAGCCCAUAGAACGCCUGCUGCUCCUUGCUGCUGAUCACGCAGCCCUGCUGCUGCUUCUUAGCAGCAGCAGCAGCAGCAGCAGCAGCAGCAGCAGUGACGGCAGUCACCAUGAAUUGGUUUCAGCUGCUCAUAUCGCCAGCUGCAGCAGCAAACUAUUUAAACGAACCGACGGGGAGGGAGCUGCAACAGCAGCAACCUCAGCAGCAGCAGCAGCAGCAGCAGCAGCAGCCGAGGCAGCACCAACAGCAGUGAGGCUCCUUCCUCUUGCUGCGCUGCUGCAGCUGCAGCUGCAGCAGCACAAGGCAACCUUAUCAGCGGACCAGAUCUCCAUGUGCUGCCGGUUCCUUUCGCAGACUGCAGCAGACACUGCAGCAGCAGCAGCAGCAGAAGUAGCAGCAGCAGCAGAAGCAGAUGCACCAGCAGCAACAGCAGCAGCAACAGCAGCAGCAACAGCAGCAGCAGCAACCGGGAAACCUGGGAAAGCAGCACCAGCAGAGGCAGCAAAAUCGGCCGCCACCCCCGCAGCAGCUGCAGCGCUUAUUCCUGAAAAUCGUAAUGCUGCUGCUGCUGCUGCUGCUGCUGCUGCUGCUGCUGCUGCUGCUGCUGCUUCCUUCCUCUGUUUGUCCGCACACUCCGUCACUUCUGCCUUGUGCUGCAAACUGCAGCAGCUGCAGCUGUCUCACAUUCUGGCCUGCUUGCCGGCAGUUGCAAAGCUGCACAAAGCCCUUUUGCUGCCGCAGCAGCAGCAGCAGCAGCAACAGCAGCAGCAGCAGCAGCAGCAGCAGCAGGAGGGUCCGCAGCAGCUGGCGGACAUGCUUGAAGACCCUGAGCUGCGCAUGCACUGCUUGCAGCAGCUGCAGCAGACGGCACAGCAGCUGUGUACAAGGUUUUGCAAGCUUGUGCAGCAGCAGCAGCAGCAGCAGCAUCAGCAGCAGCAGCAGCAGCAACGGGGAGCAGCAGACUGGGCAUGCACACAAGAUGGGAGCAGCAGCAGAAGGGGACCCCCAACGCCUUCUUUGCUGCUGCGCCUUCAAAGCAGCCUUGUGGCUGCUGUUGCUGCAGUGGAGCAGACCAUACCCGCUUCUGCUGCUGCUGCUGCUGCUGUUGCUGCUGCCACCCGCUUGCUGCUGCAGCCUCAAGCGGAGCAGCAGCACCUGCCUGCUGCUGCUCUCUCCCUGCAGCAAUGCAGUCUUCUGUUGCGAGCCCUUGCCAAACUGCAGCUGCGAGACCCGGAUAUCCUUGAAGCUAUUUGCAACCGGGUAGCGGAGCUUAUACAGCAGCAGCAGCAGCAGCAGCAGCAGCAGCAGCAGCAAAAGGGGGCUCUGGUGUUGUCUGGGCAGCAGCUUGGACAGCUGCUGCUGAGUCUGGCGCAGCUGUCCUUCACUCCUGCGCACCUGCAGCAGUCCAGAGGUGUACAUACACCGCAGCAAGAAGCAGCAGCAGCGAGGCUGUUUGAUUUGCUGCUGGCGCUGCAGCAGCAGCCGCAGCAGCAGCAGCUGCUGCUCCACAGCAUGGGACUCCAGAGCGCAGCAAACUGCUUGCAUGCGCUUUCCUUGUGUGACUUUUCUUUAAAGCUCCCUCGAGGCCCCUCUGGGGGCCCCUCUGGGGGCCCCCCUGGGGGCCCCUCUGGGGGCCCCCCUGGGGGCCCCCCUGGGGGCCCCCCUGGGGGCCCCGCCUUGCAGGAUGUCACGGGGGAGGUGGAGGGCAAAGCGGCUGUUGCUGCAUUUCUGGAUUUGCUGCUGAGUGUUGUUCGAAUGCAUCUGCAGCCGCUGCAGCAGCAGCAGCAGCAGCAGCUGCAGCAGCAGCAGCUGCAGCAGCAGCAGCUGCAGCAGCAGCUGCUGCAGCAGCAGCAGCUGCAGCAGCAGCAGCUUCAGCAGCAAGCGGCUGAGGAUGAGGGAGGUGCGUGGAUCGGAUUGGCCGAGACUUUGAAGCAGCUGCCAGCAGCACAGCAGCAGCUAACAGCAGCAGCAGCAGCAGCAGCUGCAGCACGCCACGCCCCUCUCUGCGCCUCUCUUCAGCCCCACAACAAGGCCUUUCUAAGGGCGCUGCAGCAGCAAGUCUGCUGCGUUUUGCCAGAGACUCAACUAAGCAGCAGCAGCAGCAGCAGCAGCAGCAGCAGCAGCACCAGCAGCAAAAGUCACUCGUGGAUGGCAGGAAGCCACAGCGAAACUCUUGUAGAGCCUGGGGUGUCUGUACACCUGGCAAGCUCAGUCAAUGGCUCAGGCCCUAGGGCUGAGGUUGAAAGGCUCAAUGCACAGCAACUUAUGCAGCAGCAGCAAAAGCAGCAAGAGCAGCAGCAACAGCAGCAGCAACAGCAGCAGCAACAGCAGCAGCAGCAACAGCAGCAGCAGCAAGAGCAGCAGCAACAGGCUCAGCAGCAGCAGCAGCAGCAGCAGCAGCAGCAGCAGCAACAGCAGCAGCAGCAGCAAGUGCUGUUGCGUGUUUGCCCUGUUCUGCAGACGCCACUCACCUUUGGUGGCUACUCGUUAGACCUGCUCGCGGAGCUGCCUGGAGGAACUCUUGUGGCGAUCGAGGCUGAUGGCAGCUCCCACUUCUUAGCGGACUGCAGCACGCCGCAGCCCCAGACCCUGCGGCAGCAGCAGCAGCAGCAGCAGCAGCAGCAGCAGCAGCAGCAGCAGCAGCAGCAGCAGCAGCAGCAGGUGCGGGAACCUGAGCUCCGAAUGGAAAGCAGCAGUAAGGCAGCAGCAGCAGCAGCAGCAGCAGCAGCAGCAGCAGGGGCACGAGUAGCAGCAGCAGCAGUUGCAGCGGUGUUAGCAGCAGCAGCAGCAGUGGCACCAGUAGCAGCAGCAGCAGUUGCAGCGGAGUUAGCAGCAGCAGCAGCAGUGGCACCAGUAGCAGCAGCAGCAGUUGCAGUGGCGCUAGCAGCAGCAGCAGCAGUAGUACUACUAGCAGCAGCAGCAGCAGUGGUACUAUUGGCAGCAGCAGCAGCAGUGGUACUAAUGGCAGAAGCAGCAGCAGCAGCGCUACCAGCAGCAGCAGCAGCAGCAGAGUUAUAA